UCUUGGGAGCUGGAGGAACUCGACCCGAAUUUUACUGAACUGCCGACCUGGUUCCAUCAGGGAGCCCUGGUGGGUGUAGAUCACGAAGGCAAACUUCGAAACCCGCACUAGCCGGUGGUUUCUCUCUUUCGUUCUCUCCAUUCAUGUAUCCUCUUGGAUCUUCAAAAGGUUGGCAUCUUACUUCUCUUCUCAAAUCUUAACCUUUUGUCGAUGUUUACCUUGGGUUGAAGAAAAUCGUACGGUGGUGUUGAAGAAGGAUGGUGCUCGUGCUUGCCCUUGGAGAUCUUCACAUCCCACAUAGAGCAGCCGAUCUGCCUGCUAAAUUCAAGUCUAUGCUUGUUCCCGGAAAGAUUCAGCACAUAAUUUGUCCCGGAAACCUGUGCAUAAAGGAAGUCCAUGAUUACUUGAAGAGUCUUUGUCCAGACUUGCACAUUACUCGUGGUGAAUAUGAUGAGGAUGCACGCUAUCCAGAGACUAAAACCCUCACGAUUGGCCAGUUUAAGCUUGGACUUUGCCAUGGCCAUCAGGUUGUCCCAUGGGGUGACUUGGAUUCUCUAGCCAUGCUUCAGAGGCAACUGGAGGUGGACAUCCUUGUUACUGGCCACACUCACCAAUUCAAGGCCUACAAGCAUGAGGGAGGCGUGGUCAUAAACCCUGGCUCUGCAACAGGUGCAUAUAGCAGUGUCACAUAUGAUGUUAAUCCCAGCUUUGUCCUUAUGGACAUUGAUGGACUUCGUGUUGUGGUAUAUGUCUAUGAAUUGAUUGAUGGAGAAGUCAAGGUUGACAAGAUUGAUUUCAAGAAAACAACCACACACUGAACUAAUUGCAUUGAAGCUUCGACUACUGUAACUGUUCAACUUAGAGAUGCCAAAUUGACAGCAGGACUUUGUGUAGUGUGUCGGAUAAAUGGUUGCAGAAUUUGGGAUCAGGUUACCUCAUACAGGACUACUGUUUCCUGCUGAUGUAUAGACUUCUUUCCAUGUCUUUCCAAGUGCAUUUGUGCGGCGUUUGUAUGCAUGUAUGUGCAUGUGUAUGUUGGGGAGGGGAAGCACCAAGUGAAACUAAACCUUUGGGGUGGAAUUGUUUGAGCAAUAUUUUCAUCAAGAAUGUGUAAUCUUCAUCUA